AUAAAUUGAUUAAUUUUAGGACAAAAUUAUCAUAUAUUACGGUAUAUUUUUCUGUUAAUCAACAGUACAAUUGAUGCUGAUGAUGAUGAUGAUAUAGAUGUUAAUAAUUAUGGUAAAUUGGUAAUAAUCACCCUAAUAAUUCACCAAGUAGACGUACAGAGGUAAACUCUUCAAUUUUCCUACUGAAAAUAAUAAAGAGAAAAUUACCUAGACUAACUAACCUAUGAUUUAUAAGAAAUAACUACAGUAACCCAUCAAAUUUGUUAAUACUCACAUAACCUAUUAAUCAACUAAAUAAUUUAAUAUUCCCAAAAUUACCCUUUUAGAAUUUGAUUUAAAACAGUUUUACUUUCCUAAUUUACUUGAAAAUUAAAUCUUUUAAAUUAUUAAAUUAUUGAACUAAAUUAAACAUUCCAAAUUAAACUUUGAGUAAUAAUUUACUUUCCUAAUUUACUUUAUGAUUGUUGUUUUAUAUAUUAGUGAUCUUAGUAAAAUAAAGAAAUUUGAAAUAGCAACUUCACUUUAGUUUUUUUCCCUUGUCGUCAUAGAAACAUCACAUUGAGUUUCCAGCCAAAAGUGAGUUAUAGAUCGUGACCAAGUAAACUAGGACUUCGAUAUACAUCCAUCUUCAAACUACCACAAUGAGUUAGGUUUUUGAAUUUGACUCUUCUUCCUCUAAUCCAUUAUAUAUCUGUUUUUUUAUGAACUCAUGUUAUUUUCAUUCUUUUUCAAUAACGUGUCUGUUUUUUAAUUUUUUUUUUAAUUUUUUUUAGUGUUGUUUUAUUAACUUGCGAGAUUCUUUAGUUAAGGUUGAAUAUUUUAUUAAUGCAGAUUUUAUGCUAAUGUACAAAUAUCUCAUUGGUUUAAAAGAAAUCUACCAAAUUAACAUGUACAGUUUGUUAGUAUGUACUUAAUGUUAAUCCACUGAUUAUCAGCAGACGUCAUAUCAAUCAAGCAGACAAUACUCUAGCAUGUGGAUCAUCACCAUACAACAAACUAAUCUAUUGCUUCAUAUUAUGAAGUUAAAGUCUGUUGAAACAUGUAGCCAUUAUAUAAGUCUACCAAAUUCACUCGUGAAGUCUGGUAUACACUUGUCGACCUUAUGCUUAUCCACCGAUUAUAAGCAAACAACAAACUAAUCUACAGGUUUCAGAUAUUAUGUCAGUAAAAUCAUGUAGACACUAUAUAGCCAUUACACAAGUCUACCAAAUGCACAUGUAAAGUCAGCUAUAAAACAUACACUUUGUACUAAUCUACCUAUUAUAAGCAGACAACAAACUAAUCUACAUGUUUAGAAUUUCAUGUUUUUAAAAGCAUGUAGACACUAUGCAAGUGGCUGUAGUCUUGUAGACAAAAUAUAAGUCUACCAAUUUCUAAUCUACCAUAAACUUCUAGACAUUACAAUAAGUUUGAAAGAUUUUGCUUUCUAUCAAAAUUACACAACCUUCAUGUUUUUUCAUCUUCUACAUAUAUAUAAAGUUGUUUUAAACUUACCUAGAUCGUUAUAGAUAUUCAGUCUUGGAUUUCUUGACUUUUUGUAUUUUACCAUGUUUUUCAAAAGUAUAUAGAUAUACACAAAAAAAAAGUUAAACAAAACAUAUCGUUAUCUAGUAUUACAUAUUAUAGAGCUGAUAUAAAAAGUCAAUACAAGUUACUGAUUUCAUAAAAAGGUGAUAGAAUUAUAUGAAACUUAUGUGCAAUUAUAAAUUUCUGUUUUAGUGAAAAAGUUGUUUUAAAAUUAAAAUAUGUUUUAAGAAGCAAUCAAUAUUGUUUUAAGUGUUAUAUUUAACAUUAAUUUUAUUUCCAUUUCAUUAAAUACGAAUUUUGUUUAUUUUAUUUAAGAAAUUUUAUUAUUCUCUUAUUUUUUAUAAAGUAGAUAUAGAAAACCAAUCAUGUAUUUAAAAAUAAUAUAGUAAAAGUAUAUUCAUAAAAUUUUGGAACACUUUUACUAUAUUACCCUUGGCUAUUUAAAAUAUUUAUUAGGUUAUUGUAGCAAAUGUCCCUAUAAUAAAUUCUUUAGAUUUUUUUGCUUGGACUGCUAAAAACUGAGAAGUUAUAGUUGAUGAUAAGAGUUUCAAGGCUUCUAAUCAAAUGUUGUAGAAUAAAAGAUGUCAAACCAGUUCUAAGUAAUUCUAAAGUAAAGGAAAUGCAAGAUCAUGCUUAAUCUAAGUGAUAUCAAUUGGUGAGAUGAUUUUUUUAAUUAGAUUACUACUAAUAUGCAAUAAAGGGCAAAUCUUUCUUUCUGAAUAUGAAACAAGAGGACUCAUUGGGCUAGGCAUCUGAUCUUGGGUGAUAUAUAUCCAAUCUAGAGGUGGGAAGUUUUCAAUCUAACACUUUCCUUAUGCCUAGACACUAAGCUAAACAAACUCUAUCUCUAGAUGAAUGUUCUUUUGAUAAAGCAACUCAAGCAUCUAAUCUCUUAGGUUGAAUGUUACUAAAUCAAACAUGGAGAACAAGUCUAAUAGCAAUCUUAACUCCUUUAGCAACUAAUCUCUUAGGUAAAGCAAGCUAAAAUCAUUGAAGAGUUGGUUAAGGCAUUUCAACAUACACCUUGCGGGUAGGAAAUGCCUAGAAAUCUAUUUUAGUAUGAUCAUGACUAAAAUAGCAUUGAGAACCCUCAACAAGCAAGGAAACAAGUAGAUCUAGCACUAAACACCCUAGAUCUUCUCUAAUCACCCUUAAUCACCCUAGCCCAUGAAUCCAAAGAUGACUACUCACUAAUCUUCAUGAUAAAUCCAAUAAUCAUUGAUGAUCUGGUGUUAAUCAUGAUUAGUGAUCAAGAUAAUCAAAUAAUCACAAGAGAUAAUGAUCAAGAUUAGAUAUUUUUACCUAAAAGGUUCUUUGUGAUUAGAUAGAAAACAUGAUAGGCCCUAACUUUAGGAUUACAAGAGUAUUUAUAUGUCUUUGGUAAACCUAAUGGUUUCCAUUAAAAAGUCUAAAAAGCCCUUUAAAAACAUUAAAAUUUGACUAAAGAUAAGUCUCGAUUCGGGUAAGAUCUGUUGGCUGCAACCCGCGCUAGCUUCCCCGCGUCAACUCGUCGUUGCGCCUUCAGUUCGUACGUGCGGGUGCAGCGUCCCGCGUCGUCGUCCCCGCGUGAUCCAUCAACGGCUCCUUACGCGGGUAAGGAAACCCGCGUGCUUCACCCCGCGUCAAGACGUCGAGCAAGCUCCAUUCUCGUGUGUGCGGGUGUGGCUUACCGCGUGAUCCAAGCCGCGUUGAAGCUCUCCGUUGCCUCAUGUUGACGUGGGAUAGUCAACCCGUGUGACUUCAACCCGCAGUGCACUCAUCAUACUCGACCAAACUUCGUUCUUCAACUCUUUUCGAACCACAAUGCUCUUAAACACCUCAAAUCACUCUAUGGGACACUCCAUUACCUAAUUAAGACAUAUGAAUACAAUAUGGAUUCUAAAGAUGCUAAAUUCCUAAUCUAUUUGAUCAAUGUAUGCAAUAUGGAUGGUUAAAACAGUGUAAAUAUGCAAAAUAUCAAUAGUAUACGUUAUUACAUCAAUGAUGCAAUGAUCUUCUCUUAUUAUGGUAUGUCCCUGCAAAAUGAGCGGUCAAUAGUUAGUCCAACAUUGAUUAUACAAUUAAAAUUAAAUUUAAAUACAAAAAGGCAAAGAAAUCAAACUACUUAAAAAUGACACAUGUUUUAUGGUAUCAAUUGAAGAUCAUUGCACCAAUCCCCUAAACAUUAUAUGAGAAAUGAUUUGUUAUGUGUCAUCAUCACAAUGAUUUAAAAAGAUAUGACAUAACAUACUAGCAAUAAUGACAUGACAUACUAACAAUAAUGACAUGAAUUGAAACUAAUUGUGACAUGAACAGUUAUAUUUAAUGUUGAUUUAUGUUUUCGAUAAGUUUUACAGAAUAUGAUAAUAAAUCAUAGAUCAUCAUUAAUAUAACAAUAAAUAAUAUUAUAGUAGAAACAGAAAUAUAAUAUUAUUUUACAAUUAUAUUUUUAUAAUUAUAUAACUUUUAUUAAUAAAACAAUUCUUCUAAAUUUUAUGCAGUUUUUUUAAAAAGAAUUGUAAUUUUCUAAUCCCAAUGCCAUUAGUGUUUUUAAUACCUAAAAUUAUAAAAAUAUUAUUUAUUUUACGUUUUGAUAGUUAUAUACUUAAAAAUUUUCUCUUAGUUUUAUAGAAUUUGAUUUAAUACAUUUUAGAUUAAAAAUAAUUUCAAGACUAUAGUUUUAAAUGUAUACAUAUAUAUUAUUAAAAAUAUUUUAAAUUUUUUUGACAUAAAAAUAAAAAUAUUUAUGUCAUCAUAAUUUUAUAUAUAACUAAAUUAAAUUUGAAUUUAAGUAUUGUAAGCAAAUAUUAAAAUUUACAAAUUAGCAGAAUUUUAUUUUUAAAUAUAAUUAAUUUUUUUUAAUAAUUAGGAAAACACCUAGUUAAACAUUAAAACAUCUUGUCUAACGCAUAAAAUGGCAAUCGAGUGUCAAAAGUUUCUUCUCGAGUGAAAAACGGGUUUGCACAAUAUUUCAGAAUAUUGAAUUGGUGUUUAUACUAUCACAAAUUAGUUGACCCAAAUUUUUUUUGCAAACAUCGGUUAUCGUGUAUGAGUUAUUAUGAGGUUGUAAUGUUAUUAAAACACUUCGAACCAAAAAUUUCAAACCGUUCAAUAAUUUUAUUAAAUACUUCAAACUAAAAAUUUCUUAAGCGAUAGUUAGAUUGCACUUGAAUUUCGGUUUUAUAUACUUAGUUAUCCCCUACGUUAAAUAAAACAUUUUGGUCCUAAAACGCUAUAUAAGUAUAUAGAUACAUUAAAAAUGACAUGGAGUCCUUCCUUGAGUACAUUAAACAGUAAACACAUCCACCAUUCAUGCUCGAAGAUAAAUCAUUCAUUUAUGAAUUAUAAAGACCAGACAAUACUAUUCAAGAAAAUACUCCACAAGACUGGUAAUAAUUCAUUGUAAAUUUGUAACAAAGAUUUUACCAAAAAAAAAAUAUAACAAAGAAUGUGUGUAGAAGAGUGAUUUAAGUGUAUUGGCAUGGAGAUUUGAGAUUUGAAAAGGAUAAGUGCAUUGACUCCACAAGAUUGGUAAUUAACUAGUUUCAAAAAAAAAAAGAUUGGUAAUUAACUGUCUUUGUGGGAAGAAAAGAAAGAAGAACAGAAAAGUCAGCAAUUCAGACAUUAGAAAAGAAAGGUACGGACAGUCUGCCAUAAUGUGAUCAGUCACUCGUCAAAUCAUCUAUUUUAUUUGUUUGUUUGUUAAUUUCUCUUUUUAUUUUAUUAUCUUUUUCUGUAACUAUACGAUUGUUUAUUUCUUCUUUUUUGUAACAACGAUUGUUUAUUUCUCUUUUUCUAUAACUAACAAAAGUCUAAUAUAAAUUGUUUCUCAACGCAAUGAAAUUAUAUUUCUCGAGUCAUAUAAGAUACUGCAUUUGAAAUUCAACUCACUUUGUUAUAUAUAUAUACAUAUAUAGUUACGUAAAUUAUAUAUAUAUAUAUAUAUUUAAUUGUCAUGAACAUAUCAGUUUAUUUAUGUUUCUGUCAAAAUUAUAAUUGCCUUUUCAUGAACAUAUCAAUUUAAGAUUUAUUAUAUCAAUAUUUAUAAUAUAAUACAUCUAAAAUCUUUAUUACCAGCACAUAUAUAGUUACGUAAAUUAGAAAUAAACAACUUAUUGUAACCAACAACGAAAAUAAUGAACUUUCAAAAUUACCAAUUUAUAUACUAUGAUAUUUAUGAAACUGUAUAUUAUUAUUAAUGGUACUACUAUUUUUAGUAAUAAACACAUUAAUAUUACACAGUUAUAACUAUAUAUAAUUAUUUAGUGUCCGGUAUUAGAUAAUUAGAACGUUAGUAUUGGUGGAUAUCUCAAAGAACAAAAAUAAUAAAAAAAUACUAAUAAAAAGAAAGAAAAAAAUGAGAGAGAGUCUAAGUUAUUUGUAAGAAACUCAUUCUAUAAAUAUCACUCUUUUAUUUUUUAAUAUUUUUAUUAAAAUAUAUUGUGAGACUCUAUUGAGGUUCUCACGUAUUUUCAUUUGACCAGUUGAAAUAAUAUCAGCUUUAAACCGAUUUGGAAAAUUUUUAAGUUAGAUAUUCGACGACUACCUAAUUCUAGAGGAAUAAGUCAUAUAUAUGGUAAAAAACUGGAACACCAAUUAGUUAUUAAAGUAUUAGUUUACAAAAAAUUAUUACUCAAAAGUAUACUUUUUCUCGAGAAACAUAUAAUUUUAGCAUAUCUUGAGUUGAAUAGGUGAUAGUUUCCAUGUGGUGGCAAAUUUGUAACAUGGACUAAUAAUGCAUGAGUUUGACAUUCAUUUUAAGAUUACAGUUCAUAUGGUCCAUCUUUGCAAUUACUUCAUCUAUUGGUACGUCGCUGUUGUAGGUUUACGAAUCUUAAUUUGCUUAAAGAUUAGUGUAUAUAUUCGUACGUGUACGUGAAUAAAAUUAAAUCUUGCAAUGUGCAAUGAAAUGUUUUCAUAGAACUUUUGUUUUAAAAGAGAAAGGUGGGGACAAAAGAGAGGAAAUGUCGAACAGCAAAACAGCUGUUUGGUAUUUACCAACAGUUCAUGAUUUAAUAAGAAUGUUGACAGAACACUACACAUUUAUGUGUAUGGAUACAAAUUAUAAAAUUUAUUUCUGAAAUGAAAAACUGAAAAAGAGACUGUUAAAAAGAAAUGCAGAGGCAAAUUGCAAUUUGUCUGCAUGCAUGCAUUUAUAGUCUUGUCUCUUUAUUUGUUUGUUUUUUACCAAUUUUUUUUCAAAGUCUCUUAGUUUGUUGUCCUCUACAUUCUACAAAGAAGAAAAAGAGAAAAAUAUCUAAAAACUAUAGUGAACAUAUUAAGCAUCUAAAUAUUAUAGUUUAAGUUAAUUGUACUAAUCAUAUCGUUUAAUUAGGUCUGUAUCACAUGGUCAAAUAACUACAUGCAAUGAUCAAAUCAAAACGUUGUGGUUGUUCUGAAUGUUUGAAAACUUGUAAAUCUAAAUUAUAUAUAUAUAUAUAUAUAUAUAAUUAACUGACAGUUGUGUUUUUAAAAUGAAUUCGUCAUGAAAUUGGAUUUUGAUGAGUAUCGUUCGAAAUUUAGAUACAUAUUCCUUCUGUUUCAUAAUAGUUGAUAUUUUAGAAGAUGUUUGUUGUUUCAAAAUAGAUGAAGUUUUGAUAUAUUUAUAUUAUUUUUAACUUUACUGAAAACUGUGUAACCAAUUAGAUUUUACAGUUAUUUUUUAAUUGGUUGAAUAAUUUUUAAAUUAUAUUUGUAAAAUUACUUUUUAGAGAAAAAUAAAUUUUUUAAUCUUUGUGAAAUGAGUCAAAACAUCAUCUAUUAUGAAAUAGAUGGAGUAAUAUUAUGUUUUUAUGUUUUCAAAAAAAAAAAAAUAUUAUGUUUUCAUUAGCAAAGCCGACCAAUAAAAUGAAAUUUAGUUAUAUGAUAUAGAUCACAGGAACAUCCUAGUUUAAUUUCUACCCAAAACAUCUAUUUUAUCUAAGUUUUUAGGGUUAGCUAUAGAAGUUUUUCGUUCAUAUGCUAUUAAUUAUUUCUAGAUGAAUGAUUAAUUGAUCACUCUUUGAUUCGGGGUGGUACCGGGUUUCUCCUGCCUUCUUUGGUGCGAGUCGGUGGUGUGAUAUUUCUCAACGAAUUAUUCCUUUCUAAAUAAGAGUUCUAGUCAAACGCAUGGAAGGUUUCCAUAAUUCUAAGGUGGUGUUAUGCUAUAAUCUGAACGGGUGUUGAUGCAAUCGGUGGUGUUCAUGGGAUGACAUCGGUGGUUUAGUUCUGCAACUUCUAUUGAAUUUGGGUUGCUUUCGCAGUGUGUGUUAAAGACCAAUCACAUUGAAUCAGGCUUUAGGCAACCAAAUUUUAGCGAGUUCAUACUCACGAAUUUACCAUGGUCCUAAAGUGCGAGUUAAAGAAAAUGAUCGGACAAUGCUUCUUCGCUUAUGCCACCCUAGCUAGUUAUUACUUUUAGUUGCUAUUGAUCUUUCUUUCCUUAGGCUAUUGUGUUUAAGGAUAUUUUAUUGGAUUAGGAGUUUGGAAUGAUUUCAUUUUCUUUCAAAUUUGAGUUAUUAGAUUUAGCAUUUUUUUUAAGAAAAUCAUAUAUAAUCAAUGAUUAUUAAAUUAGUCAUUUGUACAAAAAUUUAAAAUUCCAGCUUAUUAAAAUUAAAAAUUUCAUCAAGAAAAUCUAUCAAAUAAAAUUUGAAAGUAUUUGGAAAAUAACUAAUAGUUAAGAUUAAUUAUUGCCACUUCUUAUGAUGAUAUUUGAAAGUAUUUUCGAAAUUAAAAAUACUUUCAAUCUUAAAAAUAUCAAAAUUCUUUCAUUUGGAAAUCGAAAUUUAAUACGUUUCAAGAUCAUCAUUUCAAUUCUAUAGAAAAAUUGAUAAAAUAAUUAUAUAUCAUUUUUAAUGAUUUGUAAAAAUUGAAAACAUAAUUCUCAGUUUUCUUGAAGUCAAGAUAAUAUCCUUUAUUUUGCAUCAAAGAUCUUUCUAUUUCCAAAAAAAAACAGAGUUACGUUUCUUUUCCAUUUUCAUUCAAAAGUUCUUAUGUGUUUUCACGUCCAUUUAAGAUUCAAAAUAUUUCAUGAUUCUCUUGUAACUAGGUCCCUAGAACUACACAAAUCUUUAGUUGGAAUGAGAUUCUAACUUCUCAUCUUUUGAGAUUUUGAAGUUUAGUAGUUAUUCCGCUUCAAAGUUAAAUUCUCAUAAAACAAACUAGCGGGUUGAUGGAUCAUAUUACCCUAGGAAGAUUAUAGUAAUACAUCCAUUUGAUUUUGAAAUAUUAAUAAGUAAGAUUACUUAAAACUGAAUAUUUUUAUAUUAUAUUAGAAAAUAAGAUAUAAACCAAGUAAAAUUAUCAGAUUUUUAAUCAUUUGAUUUAUUAGUCAUUAUUAAAUCAUUUAAAAAUUUAAAGAAAAAAUAUUACCAAAUCAUUAAUAGUUUCUUAAGUCCAACAAAAUUUAAUGAAAUUUUCUCAAAAUCCUUACAUAUACCAAAAUCAUUUAAACUCCUAGCUAGUCCAAUAAGCCCUAGGUUUUUGUUGUAGUUUUUAUUUCUUCUUUUCCGCAACUACUAUAUUUUGUAAUUUUCUAUAAAAAAAAAAAGAUCGUUGAUGAAAUUGAAAUUUUUACCAAACAAAUAUCCUUUAGGUUUAGGCGCCCCAAAAUGAAAAUCUAGAAUCAAGAAUGUUGACAGUGAGCAUAGAGAGAGAGAGGGGUAGACAAGGCCUUAGAGCCUGCAGACAACUAGUAGGUGCGAGUGCUAAUGCAUGCAAUCUUUUUGCAUGCAGACGUUAUAAAGUCAAAUGCUCAGGUUCUGGAGAUUCUAAACAGACAAUUAUAUAGUUAUGUGAUAUUUGAAGUACGUUUGUAUGUUACAGUUUAUAAGAAGUUGUGAAACUAACACAUGUCAACGCAUACAUAACAAAGAUGUGGAGUCAGUUACAUAAAAAUUAAGUAUAAUAAUGCUUCUAAAUAAACAAUUAGUUUUCGUUAGGUUAUAAAUUAUAAUGUGUGCGUAGAUCAUGAGAACAAUUUAAUACAUAUAUGGCUGGCUACUGGCUACAUAGAACGUGUAUGCUUCAUUUCACAUGGUUGUACAGAUUUACUUACUUGUCUGUCCAUGUAAAGAUUGGAGAAAGUUUACCCAUUUUCCUUUUAAUAUGAUGAGUCAACGUCAUUCUGUUGAGAGAACUAUAUCAUAAUAAAGCAAUUAUGACAUAAUCAUUUAUGUUUCUCCUCGUUCUCCUUCUAUCCUCUCUCUACAAACAUGCGUAUAUAUCUAUUCAUUCACAGAUAUACACAUAUUUAUUGAUUCUAGGUCUUGAUAUGAUUGAUCACAUUCUGUGGAUCUUUAUCGUUCAUUAUCUUUUUUGGUAGUUUUUUAAACUAUACUUUUUUUCAAAAAGAAAAGUUUUAAAAAUUAUGAAAAUGUAUUUUAUUAUUUGUUAAUGAGAAUUAUCAUUUUCGUGUACAGUUCAGUUCUAACCUUUAUAUAGGAAAAAAAAAAUACAACUGAUUAGUUAAGGUGUUUUCAUUUUCGUACAGAGACGGAUCAGUCAAUGUCUUAAUUAAUCAUAUGAGGGAAUUGUACAUUUUUGUUAACGUAUUGAAUGAUCCAUCUCGAGAAUCCAUGCACCUCAUUGUUCCUCUUUGAUUUUUGUUCUUGUUCUUUCCUGUCUCGCUAGGUCUUCUUAUAUUCCUAUAUAUUAUUAAUUGACAGACGACGUCGGCCGUAAGAUAUUCAACUAAGAUGUAUAUUCAUAAUUAAGCAUAGGCUUUUGAAUAUUUGGUUCGUUUCAUUCUUUCAAUUAUAUAUAUAUAUAUAUAUAUAAUAUAAAAACCAUUAAUGUAUUUUAUAAUUUAGAUUAGUUUGAUUCGAUUUUUUAUUUUUAGUAAAAGUAGGAAUCGCAAGAAUUGAUGAGUUUUAGCCCUUUUUCAAAAAAAAAAGAAAAUUGAUGAGUUUAUAUAUGUUACAGUUAAGUUAAUAGCAGAUAAUUUUAAUGAAAUUAGUUCAAAUGGUUUAAAUAAAAAUAUCAAAUAAUUUUAGGUAUUUCAAAUAAAAUUAUUUGAGUAGUUCAAUUUUCUGUUUUUGGUAAUAUUCAGUUGAGUUUGGUUAUUUGAUUAUUUCAAUAUAAACAUAACUAUUGUUAUUUAUACAUUUAUUUUUAAUAUUUAAUUAAUUUAAAUUUAAAGACAGCUACUAUUUUAAGUGUAUAAAUCGUAUUUUGAAUUACAUACUCUACUCAUUCGGUUCUAGUUUCAUAUCAUUUUUUAAUAUUUCAAAUAUGGAAAUGUAGAAGAUGUUCAGCUAUUAAUGGUUAUGUGGUUUGGUUCGAUACCUUUUAAUUCGGUUUAAUUUUUCAAUUCAGAGUAAUAUGCACCUACUUACCAUAGAGUGAAACUAUUGUUUUAACGAUUAUUCUUUAUUUGAAACCAAUGAUGUUCCAUUAUUUGCAAAACAUUUCAAAAUAGAAUUGUUCAUAGUUAUGUGCCAUUGGAUUAUAGAUGGCAGAUCUCGGCAGUAUUAAUAUGCUAUUGUAUUAUUGUCUCCUUUUGUACAUGUAUUAUUAUUGCUUGACAUCAUUAAUAUAUUACUGUAUAUUGAAUGUGAAAACUCCCGACAGAAAAGAAAAUUGAAAGUGAAAAUUAUAGUUAUUCAAAAAGAAAUAUCCCCAUAUGCAUAUAAGUACUAUAUUCAAAUUCACAAAGUACGUUUGUUACAAUUUGGAGCAUAUGGAAUGGGACAGUGUCAAUGCAAAAUGCAUCAUAACAUAAGAAACAAUAUAGUACAAUGUUCUUUAUUAUGUUUAUUUUUUGUCUAACUCUUUGCUCUCUUGCGUCCCUUUCCAAUGCACUUUAAUAUUAAAUGAAGUUUUCCCAUUUUCUUGCUAAACUUAUAGUCUUAUUUCGGGUAUAAAUAACCUUAUCCAUAUACAAAGUAUCAAAAGGUGGAGAGGUAUCAUAACAAUUAGAGGACAUACACAAAGCAAAAUAUUUUGUUAAAUAGAGAAUGAGUCCAGUGGCUGCAACGAGGUGGUGCCCGACGCCUGAGCAACUGAUGAUCUUGGAAGAGAUGUACCGGAGCGGCAUACGGACUCCUAAUGCGGUGCAGAUACAACAAAUCACAGCUCAUUUAGCUUUUUAUGGACGUAUCGAAGGCAAAAACGUCUUUUACUGGUUUCAGAACCAUAAGGCGAGAGAUAGACAGAAGCUGAGGAAGAAACUCGCUAAGCAACUUCACCAACAACAACAUCAUCUCCAACUCCAGCUCCAACACAUCCAGCCCAACCCAAUAUCUCAACCACUUAGUAACAUCAUUGAUCCUCAUAAUCAUUACCAUCACCAUUAUAAUCAUCAUCGUCCUUAUGAUCAUAUGUCUUUCGCUUGCUGCUCUCAGCCUUCUCCCAUUUGUCUUUCUCAUCAGGCCAUUGGAGUAGAAGCUCAAAGCAAAGUGCUGAGUGAACAUUACUGCAACAAAAGUGGACGUGAGGAUAUGUUGAUGCAAAAACCAAUCACGGGUCAAAACACUUCGUACGGUCGAGAUUGGAUGAUGAUGAUGAUGGAUAUGGGCCCACGACCAUCAUAUCCCUCAUCAUCAUCAGUACCCGUUCCAUAUUGCAACAUGAUGAUGAACAGUCCAAAGAUACCACUAAAAACCCUCGAACUCUUCCCAAUCUCAUCCAUCAACUCCAAACAAGACAGUUCCAAACUUUAAAGAAAAAACAACAACAAUAGAGAUUCUGCAGGUGUUUCAUUCAUGUAUGAUGCGUCAAUGGCUACUACGAGGACGCGUGUAUUUGGGGGUAAAGUAAUAGCCGUUGGACAAAAUUACAUGACAUCUCUCUCUCUCUCUCUUUUCUUUCUUAUGUCUCUAUCUCAGCAGUAGAAUUAAUGGGAAGUUUUAAUAAUUUAUAGAAAUAUGUUUUUUACAAGUUGCUUGAUGGAGUUGGGACUUGAGAGCUAUUAUGAGUUGUAAAAUUGGGUAUCUUGGUUUCUGCAAUUGCAUGCAUGUGUAGGCUAUUGUCUUUAGGACUAGACAAUGAGAAAGUUCUCAUUUGUCUAAUGUGUAACAUCACUCUUUAUUUUGAUGUGGUCACCUUUCGCUUUGAUGUGUACCAUGAUUCUUCCCUUUUUGUUUUUAUUUUACUUUCCCAUGAUAAUAAUAAUUGAAUAGUGAUUACAAACUUUCUUGAUUUCGAUAAACUAAUUGAUGCCAAACUUCACAUCAUGUUAAUAUACUUUCGUAUAUAUAUAUAUAUAUAUAUAUAUCCGCCGUAAAUGUAAACACAUGUUUCGGUUUUAUUAUUAGAUGAUAUUUUUUUUUUCAAAAAGAGAUUAAUAUUUGAAGGAACAAAUAAGAAAUAUUUUAAAUAAAAACAAGAAAGGAAAAGAAAUUAUGAAACAUGAUGAAUAUAUAUAAGGGCUUAUUUGCUAAAUUACCAAAAAAAAAGGUGAUAUUAGAUUUUUAGAGAGAGAGUAGAGAGAGAUAGGAUGAGAAAGUAGGAGAGAGUGGGUGUUUUUAGUUAGUUAUGGACUGUUUGUUUUACCAUUUGUCAUCUCCAUCCAAAUGAUUCAUUUGUAUGAUCUAUUCAAAUGAUCCAUUCAGAUUUUUGUGAUUGUUUGUUUGUCCAUCCAUAUAGCUCAUCUAAAUGAAUCAUCUAAAUGGAUCUUAUGUUUGUUUCUUUAUUUUUAUUUUCAUUCAAAUGAGUUUAGUAAACAAAUUACCAAAAUACACUUGUGUUGAUUUAAUCAUAUGUUUGAUAUUAAUUUUAACUAUAUUACAUUUA